GGGGUCGCCGGCCCUCUCGCAGGUGGGGCGCUUCUCGCUGUGCGUGGAGGUGCUGCUGCUGCUCUACACGGUGAUGCACCUGCCCCUCUACCUGAGCCUCUUCCUGGGGCUCUCCUACUCGGUGCUCUUCGAGGCCGUCGGCUACCACUUCCAGCAGGGCCCGCAGGCGCCCCUAGGGAACCCGAACCCGCUCCCCUGGGAGCUGCUGGGCCGGGCCCUGCUCCACCUCUGCAUCCACGCCACCGGCGUCCACCUCUUCAUCAUGUCCGAGGUCCGCUCCCGCAGCACCUUCCUCAAGGUGGGCCAGUCCAUCAUGCACGGCAAAGACCUGGAGGUGGAGAAGGCCCUGAAGGAGCGGAUGAUCCACUCGGUCAUGCCCAGGGUCAUCGCCGACGACCUGAUGAAGCAGGGGGACGACGAGAGCGAGAACUCGGUGAAGCGCCCCUCCGCCUCCAGCCCCAAGAGCCGGAAGAAGAAGCCCUCCCUCCAGAAGAACCCCAUCGCCUUCCGCCCCUUCAAAAUGCAGCAGAUCGAGCCGGUCAGCAUCCUCUUUGCCGACAUCGUGGGCUUCACCAAGAUGAGCGCCAACAAGUCCGCCCACGCCCUGGUGGGCCUCCUGAACGACCUCUUUGGCCGCUUCGACCGCCUCUGCGAGGACACCAAGUGCGAGAAGGUCAGCACCCUGGGGGACUGCUACUACUGCGUGGCCGGGUGCCCAGAGCCCCGCCAGGACCACGCCUACUGCUGCAUCGAGAUGGGCCUGGGCAUGAUCAAAGCCAUCGAGCAGUUCUGCCAGGAGAAGAAGGAGAUGGUCAACAUGCGGGUCGGCGUCCACACGGGCACCGUCCUGUGUGGCAUCCUGGGCAUGAGGAGGUUUAAGUUUGACGUGUGGUCCAACGAUGUGAAUUUGGCCAACCUGAUGGAGCAGCUGGGCGUGGCGGGCAAGGUCCACAUCUCGGAGGCGACGGCAAAGUACCUGGAUGACCGCUACGAAAUGGAGGACGGGCGGGUGAUGGAGCGCGUCGGCCAGAGCGUGGUUGCGGACCAGCUGAAAGGUUUGAAAACAUACCUGAUCUCUGGGUUGAAAGUGAAGGAGCCCCCCUGUAGCUGCUCACAGGCUCUGCUUCCAGGUCUGGAGGCUGGAGACAGGAGCAAGCUCCACAGCCCCUCCUCCUCCUCCUCCUCCGCAGAGAAGGCGGGCGACUUGGAGAGCGCUCUCAGGCAGCUGGAGAAGAACAAGGCCUUAUGUCCCACGUGUCCUUCAUGCAACAUUACCUUGGCACCCACCUGUGCUGUGAGCAUAGAAGAAGGAGCUGUCCAGAAUGGGUGCCAGGAGGAACAUAAAAACAGUGGAAAGGGCCCUGGAGGAUGCAGCCCAAGGUCCCAGAAUGGACUCCUGGGUCCUCCGCCGGAGGAGAAGCUCAGCAACAGCCAGACGUCCCUCUAUGAAAUGUUGCAGGAAAAAGGGAGGUGGGGAGGCGUCAGCUUGGAUCAGUCGGCGCUUCUGCCCUUGAGGUUCAAAAACAUCCGAGAGAAAACCGAUGCCCACUUUGUGGACGUGAUCAAAGAAGACAGCCUGAUGAAGGACUAUUUUUUUAAGCCACCGAUUAACAAGCUGAGCCUGAACUUCCUGGAUCAGGAUUUAGAGAUGGCCUAUCGGAGCAGCUAUAAAGAAGAGGUCAUCAGAAACGCCCCUGUGAAAACCUUUGCCAGCGCCACCUUUAGCUCCCUGCUGGAUGUCUUUCUGUCCACCACCGUCUUCCUCAUCCUCUCCGUUGCCUGCUUCCUGAAGCCUGGGGUGACUGCCUCCCCUCCGCCCCCGGCUGCUAUCGUGGUGGCGGCGGUCGCCAUCUUCCUUGAGGUGCUCUCUCUGAUUGUCUCCGUCAGAAUGGUCUUCUUCCUGGAGGACGUGAUGGCCUGUACGAAGCGGCUCCUGGAGGCCGUUGCAGGCUGGCUACCACGGCACUUUCUUGGCGCCCUCCUGAUCUCCCUCCCAGCUCUCGCCGUCUUCUCCCACUUCACCUCGGAAUUUGAAACCAACAUCUAUGAUACCAUGUUCAUGUGCUCUGCAGUUCUCAUCACUAUAGUCCAGUAUUGCAACUUCUGUCAGCUGAGCUCCUGGAUGCGGUCCUCUUUGGCCACGCUGGUGGGCGCCGUCCUCAUCAUCUUGCUCUAUGUGCCUCUGUGCCCUGACAGCUUCCUGGAGAGCUCGUACCUGGAUGCAUCGCAAAAUUUCAGCAUCAUGGAAAUCACUAACUUAACACAAAACGUCAGCUUCGGAGACCCCUCCCCUCUUCCAGCUGCACUGAAUUACGGGUCGGCGAGGGAUAGCCCCUGCAACAGGUCUGCCCUGGAGGACGCCAGGAGGCCGGCGGACCUGAUCGGCCAGGAAGUGAUCUUGGGCUUCUUCCUUUUGCUCCUUCUGGUUUGGUUCUUAAACCGGGAGCUAGAGGUGAGUUAUCGCCUCCAUUACCACGGAGACGUGGAAGCCGACCUUCACCGCAACAAGAUCCAGAGCAUGAGAGACCAGGCGGACUGGCUGCUGCGGAAUAUCAUCCCGUACCACGUGGCGGAGCAGCUGAAAGUGUCCCAGAGCUACUCCAAGAACCACGACAGCGGAGGCGUCAUCUUCGCCAGCAUCGUCAACUUCAGCGAGUUCUACGAGGAGAACUACGAAGGCGGCAAGGAGUGUUACCGCGUCCUGAACGAACUGAUUGGGGACUUUGACGAGCUGCUGAGCAAGCCGGACUACAGCAGCAUCGAGAAGAUCAAGACCAUCGGGGCCACGUACAUGGCCGCCUCGGGGCUGAACGCCUCCCAGUGCCAGGACAGCCACAACCCCCACGGCCACCUGCAGACCCUCUUCGAGUUCGCCAAGGAGAUGAUGCGGGUGGUCGACGACUUCAACAACAACAUGCUGUGGUUCAACUUCAAGCUGCGGAUCGGCUUCAACCACGGGCCCCUGACCGCCGGGGUCAUCGGCACCACCAAGCUCCUGUACGACAUCUGGGGAGACACGGUGAACAUCGCCAGCCGGAUGGACACCACCGGCGUGGAGUGCCGGAUCCAGGUGAGCGAAGAAAGCUACCGCAUCCUCAGCAAAAUGGGGUACGACUUUGAUUACAGGGGGACGGUCAACGUGAAGGGCAAAGGUCAGAUGAAGACCUUCCUGUACCCCAAGUGCACAGACAACGGGAUCGUCCCUCACCACCAGUUGUCCAUCUCCCCCGACAUCCGUGUCCAAGUGGACGGCAGCAUUGGGCGGUCUCCCACGGACGAGAUCACCAACCUGGUGCCUUCUGUACAGAACUCAGACAAGACGGGCCCCGUCUCUGCCCAGAACUCGGAGCUCAAGGACGGGCUUCUCUGUUUCAAGAAGCCCUCCAAAGAGCCGAGACAAUCCGACGAGAGGCAUCGGUUUGGUAAGACUGCUGAGCAGAAGGACUGCGAAGAAGCCGAUCUGGAGGAAGCCAGUGAACUGACGAAGCUGAACAGCUCCAGGAGCCUAUGAUGGCCUGGCGGGGAGAAGGGAGAUCUGUGGUGCUCUGCUUUCCAAGAAUGCGGGCCCUGUUCGUCACCGGCUGUGUUCUCCUGGAGGAGGGGGCCGGGGAGGGGGGAGAGAGAGCGGCAGCGGGAUCGGUGGGGGCCCCUGUUUUCAUCUUGGUGUCCGAACCAGUGCGGAUCACAGCCAUGCAGGACUCCUGCCCCUCUCUUAGGCCUCCCUUGAGACAGCCUCUCAGCUGAGAGGAGACAUCAAGUGCCUUCAGAUAGACUCUGCUGGACUCCUUGUCGAGCGACAGAGGCACAAAGUCGGCUCGCAGGCUGGGAGUCUCUGCACGCUCAAGGGACGACCCCCACGGUUAUUUUGACCCUUUUUUUAUGCCUCGUCACCAACACUACUCUUCUGGUUUUUAUUUUCGCGACCGCAGCUCCUUUGUAAGUAAACACAGACAAAUGCACGUUUGCCUGCCUUCUGUGACUCUGACACAGCGAAGGGCCCGGGAACGAAGAUCGGUGCAAGGCAGUCGUGGUCGCCCUUACGACAGGAAAGGGCCUCUGAGGAAGGGGAUGGACGCGGAGGAAGAGGCUGCGAUGCUUCCUCGGCUCAGCGGCUGCCAGAAAAGGCAGUCGGACUGCGCUGUGCGGCCGCCCUCGGGUUGCCAUGGCAGGCCCUGGGCAUGUGGCCGGCUGAUCCCUUCCUUCCUCAGGCCUGCCUUGAGCGGGGCUUGGUGCUGGCCAGCCAGUGAUCCAGCGGGGAAAGCCAAGCCUCGUGGGGGGGGUGGGGGGUGGUUUCCUGCUGGAGGGCUCCGUCAGGAAGCGGUUCUCUCUAUAAUUUGCCUGACCCGAGAGGGCUUUCUCACUGCUGCUGCCGCCGCUGCAACCUUUCCUCCUCCUCCCUCCACUACCUUGUUUCUGUGGGGACAGUAGAGGUGGAAAGGACGGGGGCCUAGCUUAAGCCACAUGUCCGCUGAGCCUUUCAGGGCACCCUCCAUCCAGCCGAUCCCUUGGUGGAGGGAGAAGGGAUGCUGACGGUGCUCAGAACGAUGCAGAGUCUGGGGUGCCGCCUUGACCCUCGUCAGGAGUCUAGGAGAGACGGGUAGGAUCAGGGCUGGGAAUGGCCUCACAGGGCUUGAUGGGGUGUGUGUGUGUGUGUGUGUGUGUGUGUGUUUCAGGUGGCUUGCCCAUCAGAGGAAGGCGUCUUUUGAGAAGGAAGUGGUGCCCCUUUCACCCUAAAUUUAUUUGGUUUGUCCUCCUGACAGUGCCCUACUUUCUUGGAUCCUAUAGAACCCAAUAAAUGGCUCGUUUACAACCUCAUACGCCCUGCGGACCUGAAGAGAGGGAUGGGGAGGUUUUCUACCUUUUUAUUUUAUUUUAAUAAGCUUAGAAAGGGUCAGAGCAUUUUAGAAUCUGUUUAAGAGGCUGGGUGGGAGUGUCCCUGCUUCAGAAGGGUUGUCCCUUCCCCCCCCCCCGUGCUCUUCUUUUGAGUAGAAGCAGACUUCUUUGGAACAGAAGUGAAUUGGAUUCUGGAGCACUGGUGGCCCUGAAGGGCCUUCCUUUCUUUGCCUCUCCCUGGCCUUCACCCCCCCCCACCGGUCCCUGUUGGUCAGUGCCGUGUGUGAAAUACGCCUCUUUUGAGAGAGCUCCAGGUAGGAUGAGGGUUAGGGUGGAAGAGGGUGGUGGGUUUCCAGCUCAGUCCUCACCCACCACCACGUCAUCUUGCCAAGGGAACAGGGCGGCCUGCAUGCUUCCCAACCUUGAUGCCAAGGGCACCCCUGUCUUGCUUUCUUCAGUCCCAAGUACUGUACUAGCCUUCACUGUGGCUGCAAUCCUAAGCACAUCGACUAGGAAUUACCUCCAGUGUACACGAUGGACUUAACUUCUGAAUAAAGACGUACGGAAGGAGGUAGUUCUCUUCUUCCUUUUCUCUCUCUCUCUCUCUCUCUCUCUGUGCGUGUGUGUGUGUGGGUGGGUGUGCGUGCGUGGGUGGGUGUGUUCUCCCGCCUCCCUACCCAAGUUGGGCUUCCAGGCAGGUUGGUGUCCUUUGACAACACCUCUUGCCUUCUAAUAGAUGCUGUGUCUUCACGGGGUGCCGCCUCCACCGUGGCCUUCUGGCAAGUCUGGGCAGCCCUUGGCCGGAGCUCCCGGCUGUGAGACAAGGCGGCCCCUGGUGAGCCGCCGCCUCCUCGGUGAGAGAGGUCUUUUCCUUCCCGACUCUUCUUGAUUGAGCACAGCGGGACAGCCCCGUAGAUCUGGCCCAGGGACGAGCGAGCCGAGGGCGGGCGGGGGCCGGCCGGCUUGGCGGCUGCCCCGCUUUGAUGGCCUCUGUUGGGGAAGCGGCUGGCUUGAGUUCCAGCAGCUGCACAAAAGGAGCAGCGACAGUGCCUGUCUUGUGGAGGUGGUGACUCAGAUGAUUCCUCUUUGGUGUCAAAAUGCCUCAAGAUAGUUCUUGUAAAAUUUUUGAUUUGUGUCAGGAGGGGGGCUGGCAACGGGUGGCUCGUGGGCCUUACUUGCUAACGAACAGGGGACAUCUCUGAUCUCGGAACGGAUGCACGCUCCUGCCCCAUAUGGCACUGACUGCCUUCUGUAUUGGAGCAGCGGGCAGAUGGAAAGCGCCUCCAGCCCCCCCCCCAAAAAAAAUCUGGGCUGAGGCAACAGCCCUGUGUUCCAGAGGGCUCUGAGCGGAAUGGCAGGGCACCCUUAAGCACAGGCUUUCUUGAGCCCUAUGCGAUGGCGUUGUGCCAUGGGGUGUAUUGGAUCUUGUUGCGUCUCCUUGGGCCGGGGGAAGGAGGUGUCGGGCAAAGAAUUUAUGCUCUGUUUGGUGGGAUCUCUGUAGCCGUUCUCUGCCGGGCUGAGCCCAGAAGCCGCCACUGGAUUUCCACCAGUUGGAAACAUUCCACAGAGAAAUUUAAAUACGGGAAGGUUGUAGUCUGUCAGCCCGUUGAGGAAUAAAGGUGAACCUUUGAAACUU